UCCUCUCCUUUAUAUAACUGUAACCUCAACCACACUCUUUACUGAUAAGGUCCCCGAGAGACUUUCUUGCCUCCUUUCGUCACUCUUCUCUGUUACUGCUGCUGCUUCUGAUCUUUGCUUCUAGAGAUCGUAGUGGUUUUGAUCUUCUGAGCUGAAUCGGAUGGCCGUGGACACUGUCGAGACUGCCGUCGCUUUGGUUCAGCCGCAGCCGCCGCCGAGAUCGGAGAUGAGCGAGGACGAGCUCCCGCCCGUCGAGGGGUGGGCGAAGCGGAAGCGCUCGAAGCGCCACCACCGUUUCUUCGACCACCCCCCGACCGACGAGGAGUACCUGGCCCUCUGCCUCAUGAUGCUCGCCCGCGGCGGUUCCGGCCACCACCUCCCGCCCGUCUCCACCGCCUCUGCCGCGGCGACUCCUACGCCCACCGCGAAGGUCGGGUUCAAGUGCUCCGUCUGCGGCAAGGCCUUCGGUUCCUACCAAGCGCUAGGAGGGCACAAGGCGAGCCACCGCAAGCUCAACGCCAGCAGCGGCGGGGAGGAGCCCUCCGCCGCCGUGUCCCCGGCCGCUUCCGCUUCCGGCUCCUCCGCCGCAGCAGGCGCCACCACCACCGGCGGCAAAGUGCACCAGUGCUCCGUGUGCUUCAAGACGUUCCCGACGGGGCAGGCGCUGGGCGGGCACAAGAGGAGACACUACGAUGGGAGCCUCGGCAGCGGGUCGGCCACCGCGUCGACGGCGUCGGAGGGCGCCAGCUCGAGCCGCAAGGGGUUCGAUCUGAACCUACCGGCGACGGCGGAGUUCGCGUUGGAUGUCAGCCGGCUGUGCGUGGCCAUGGCGGAGGAGGAGGAAGUGCAGAGCCCUAUGGCCUUCAAGAAGGCGAGACUUCUGAUUCCGGCAUAGACUUUGACUGCCUCCGACGAGUCAACACUCCACCACAUCAAUCAAUUUUUCGUAGAUAAAUGCUACUUAUUCGAUGUAUAGAAAAUUACUCAUUCUUUGUAGCAGUUCAUCGUGAAACCAAUUACAGUUCUUUUGUACGCUAAAUUUUGCCAUGUUAAUUUCAAAUGUUUGAUGAAAGGUCGAAAAAUUCUAUUAA